CCAUCAGAACGCAACGAAGCAAGCAGCUGUCGAUGGUAUAGAUACGAGAGCUGUGCGUAUUUUAUAAGUAGUUUUUCAGAUAGUAUAUUCCACUACCCGCGCCUAAAGAAAAGAUCGCCGAGAGUGGUGAAUCGCAAACAAGGGUCGCUUAAUUAUUGUACGGAUCCGAGAGCAAUUUGACAAAAAACACGUUUUUCUUUCUGCAUUGUGCAAAACCUGCUCACUGGAGUCAUUGGUUUCGGCUUAGUGGUUAGUCGAGCAAUUUUUCCGGAAAACAAGAUGAGCAGAAAUAAUGGCCGGCGUGGCCGUGGUCGAGGUCGUGGCAGAGGAAAUAGAGGCGGUCGGAACCAAAACAUAGCGAUAAACGAUAUUUUAGACGACUAUCUGGAGAGUGACGAUAGCGACGAUGGUUUGGAUGUUUAUGCAGGUUUAGCGAUUAUGGGUGCAUUGGGGAAGCUGGGGUAUCGCCCGGAACGUAGUUCCAAAACUGUCGAAGGCAUUCUGCAGACAGAAGAUGGUUUUGCCGUCAAUACCUUAUAUGUCAGCUUUAAAUCUGCAGUUAACGUGACGAGUAAGCUGGUGCAUGAUUGGUUUGAAAAGUUUGGACCGAUAAAAAAUGUCCGGAUUCACACCAAUCAGAACAGUAAUAUGUACGAAGAAGGCACAGUAACGCGUAGCAGAGGAAACAGAAGAGGUGGCCGAACGUACAACCGGCAAGAGGCCAAUAAUAAAUACGCUUUUAUUUCGUUCAAAAAUUGCGAGGACGCUGCCAAAUGCUUGAAGCAAAAAUACGAAUUCCAAAAUCAAUGCUUUUUGGCUAUUGCGGAUAGCUGGCACCAGGAGGCCUACCAUAAGAAGCAGAAGGAAAUAGAAAACGGCGUUGAAGAAGCUGGAUCCUCAUCAGCAAUCAAAUCCGGAAGCAACGAUGAGUGUCUCGCACCUACUUGCACUAGUGAUACGUGUAAUCAAGAUCAGGAACCAAUGGCGAACAAAGUGGAUACAAAUGCGAAAACAAGCAGAGAAAGUCUUCCAAAUCGAGUAGAAUCAGAGGAAAUGAACAUCCUUCAUUUGAACGAUGAUUGUCUAAUGAUGAUCUUUGAUCAGCUCGACCUUCAGGAUCUGAUUGCACUGAGAAAAACAUGCUCCCGUUUUGACGGAAUUGCAUGUAACAUAUUCAAACGGUACAAAUUAUUCGAUUUUGAUAUUGAGCUGAUCGAGAAAAAAUAUCUCACGAUGUUGGACGCAAAAACUUUGCUUUCCGAGGUAGGAUCAUUCAUACAUCACUUGUCUAUUGCUCGGGAUAGAUUCUCCAAGCCGGGAGCUAGAAUUCUGAAUCUUAUUCCUCGACAUUGUCCAAACUUAACGGAGUUGGAAAUUCACGACUUCAAAUUAACACCAAAGGCUCUGAAGAAUUUGGAGGUAGUUUUCAAAUCUCUGGUGGGGCUCACCUUGAUCGAUUGUGGUAUCGAUGAUAAAAUCGACAGGAGCUUGAAAUACGCCAAAAAACUACAAAGGUUGGAUCUGUCAUUGAACAGUGAACUUACCGGCAGGUUCUUGAAGGCAGUGGGAAAUCUCAAAUAUCUCAAUUUAGAGAGCUGUCAGAACAUCCAAGGGAAGCCAUUCUCUACCUUUGCAGAGAAAAACAAAACCCUGGAAUAUCUAAACAUCAACUGCUGCAGCCGGUUGACAACAGAUGCGAUCAAAUCGAUUGUGACCAAUAUGACUGAACUGUCCCAUCUGGUUUGCAAUAAUUGCUACGAAGGUGUGGAUGUCUCCAGCAUGGCUUUGAUUGCUAAAUUACCGAAACUAAAAAAAAUACAGUUCAAGUUCAACAGUAUUUCAUCAAUCGAUCAGAUACUGCAGAGUCUCGCCGAAGCGGAUCACCUAGAACAUCUGGAUCUGUCCGACGGAAUAUUUACCUCAGUCGACUACAAUCUCCUGUGUGGCUUAACCCAUUUGAAGGAGCUGAAGCUUAACUACAAGUUGGAUUUCUCCGACCAGCACCUCUUGAAGUUGGGUGCCAGGGGUAACUUUGUUGAACUACACAUUGCCGGUUGUACGAGCGUUACCGAUAAGCAGCUAAUCGAUUUUAUAAAAACCAAUCCACAGCUGAAGCUACUGGAUAUUUCUUACUGCCAGAUUACAGAGGGUCUGAUCUUUUCCGCGAUCGAUAUAUUAAAAGAACAGGCUGGCAACCGCUCAAGUGGUCGACAGUUGAAGCUGCUCGUAGGCCAAACAAGCAUUUGCCCGGUGAUUAAGGAGAACGCACUGAUUCAAAGUAAUAGGCAUCUGUUAGAAAUCUCAUUCGAGUACACCGAUGGGUUCUAUGGCACUAUGGAUGCUGACGAUAUGUAUGAUGACGUAAUGGAUGAGGAUGACGAAGAUUUCAUGGGCUACGACUACGAGGACGAUGAUUCCGAUCUGUGGGGACUGGACUAUGAUUCUGAUCUGGAUCUUGCAGAUAUGUAUCAGUAUUUCAACGAUAGCGAUGAUGAUGACUAUCGGUACAUGUUCUACGAUAUGGCCGGUAUGUUUCAGUGAUGUUCCCGCAAAAAGUGACUAGUCCCAAGUUUUGUAUUCGUUACGAGGUCAAAUACAAUCGUUCGUGCGCCAGGUGGAGUCCAAGAGUCUACUGGCGUAGUAUGCUGAAAGGAUGCACAUGUUUAAUUAUUAGUUAUACAACUCGUCUCUACUAAGGAAGUUACAAAAGAUUCUCCCAGCUGAACUGCGUCAAGAAGUUGAAAGAAAGACGUUGAAAUUAAAGUUGAUCGUCGCUUGCCAUUCGACGCCGAUAGUUCGUUCUACUGUUAAUUUUUCCAUUUUUUUAUGUUCGGCUAAAUUUAAACUAAUAGUUUUAUCUAAUGGGUAUGUUCCGUAAAUCGAAAAAAAAAACAAAUUAAA